UCGUCAUCAUUCCGAUGUCCGUCCUCGGUUCCAUGAUUGUACACAUACACACACAUGUUUUACACCCGCACACUAUAAAAAGUUUGUUGCUGCAUUCUUUCUACUUCCUUUUAAUCGUGUGCGCUGUUAAGAGUAUGAAAUCUCUCAAGACUUGAUGUCGAUGAGCAUCUAUAAUAGAAGGUAUCUCUCUUUCUUCCUCUCUCUCUCUCUCUCUCUCUCUCUCUGCGGGAGACUCCAUUGAGUCGAUGUGUGUGCGCGCUCGCAAGAAAACAAUGAGAGCCUUGUUUGCAAAUGGCAUCUUGGCGUAAAGGAACAAGCGGCGACAUCACCUUGGCAAGGAACUCAUUGGAAGGAUGGGUGUGAUGCUUUUAGCAAAAUAACGAAUCCUGAGUUCCAUCCCCGUUAAUCUGUGCCAAUAGUAUUGGUAACGUCUUGCACAUGUAUAUGUAAAUAUUGUGCCUGCUUUGUAUAUAUUUUUUUACGAUCCUUUUGUCGUGGUGAAGCUUUUACUUGUGUGAAAAAUGAGUCUGAAUCUUGUUAAGUUUUUCUCCAAAAAGAAACAUCAUAGCUCGCAAACGAACGACACAGUGGGAGAGAUUGGCUUGCCCACUAAUGUUUCUCAUCAAUUUCAUGUGAGUAAAAACGCCCAGACAGGUCAAUUGGAGGGCUUACCAGAUUCUUGGAUUCGUCUGCUUAACACACAAAUUACAAAGUCUGAACAGAAUGAACAUCCUGCGGCAGCUCUACAAGCCAUUAAAUUUUAUAAUUAUUCCAUUAAGAAAAAACCGACACCACAGGAAGAAGUAUUUAAGCCUUUUGUUACAGAAGAUGUCAUUGAAGAAGAAUCCAUAGAAAUUGAUAAAAUUUUAGCUAAGAAAUGCAAAGCAUCUAGAGAUUCGGAUGGAUCAACAUCUGCCAGUUCCACAGAUAGUCAAUUGCAUAGGCUACCACCUGAUCUUCCUCCUAAAAUCAAGAAGCCACCAAAACCAGCUCCUAGAACUUUCGUGGAGCGCAAAGAGAAAACAUUUACAGAGAUUCUUGAGGAUCUUGACAACUGUCAAAUAGAAGAUUAUGAUCAGUUACCGCAAGACAGCAAUGGAAAUAGUAGACCAGUGGAAAACAAUGUGGUUUUGCACGAAGAAAGUCCAGUACUUAGAAGAAAAACCAAUAGCUCAGCUCCUUCAAUGAGUGACGAAGAAAUUUAUGAAGAGCUUCGAAAUAUAUGUCAACCUGAUGAUCCACAAUUAAGAUUUGAAAGAAGCAAAGAGGUUGGAGCUGGUUCUUCUGGCACAGUAUUCAUAGCUACAGAUUUGUCGAAUAAUCAAAGAGUAGCUAUUAAGGAUAUUGAUUUAGCAAAACAGCCUAAAAAAGAAUUAAUGCUGACAGAAAUCAAAAUUUUAAAAGGCUUCAGACACCCAAAUUUGGUAAACUUUUUAAACUCAUAUCUAGUCGAUGAUCAUCUAUGGGUGGUAAUGGAAUUAUUAGAAGGUGGUCCACUAACAGACGUUGUAACAGAAACUGUGAUGAAAGAAGCUCAAAUAGCUGCUGUUUGUCGUGAAGUUCUCAAAGCAAUAAGUUUUUUGCACUCUAAAGGAAUAAUUCAUAGAGAUAUUAAAUCAGACAAUGUUCUAUUAGGGAUGAAUGGAGCUGUAAAAGUAACAGACUUUGGAUUUUGUGCUAAUAUUGUUGGAGAUGAGAAGCGACAAACAAUGGUAGGAACGCCUUAUUGGAUGGCUCCUGAAGUAGUUACAAGAAAACAGUAUGGAAAAAAAGUUGAUAUUUGGUCUUUAGGAAUUAUGGCUAUUGAAAUGAUUGAAGGUGAACCACCUUAUAUGAAAGAAACCCCAUUAAGAGCAUUAUAUUUGAUAGCAGCUGUUGGUAAACCUCAAAUACCGAGUUGGGAUACUCUUAGUCCAAACUUUCAAAACUUUCUGGAAAGGUGUCUGGCUGUUGAAGUUGAUGAGAGAGCAACAGCAGAUGAGUUAUUAGUACAUCCUUUCCUCGAUAAUUGUGCAGAGCUUAUUACUUUAAGUCCAUUAAUUCGUGCUGCACAAAAGAUUUUGCACAAAGUUUAUUAAAUUUUAUGAUAUGCUUCAAUUUAUCAACUUUAUUCUGAAUUUUGAACAGGUUUAUAAUAGCCUAGAACAGUAUAUACUAUAUUGUGAACAAAUGUUUUGAUUCUAACCCAUCAUUCUUUGUUGAACUAGGAUUGACAGUUUUAAAACUAUUAUUUAAAACUCUGCUAUUUAAUUAAGAUUUCUAAAUUUUACAAAAAGGUUAUCAAUGAUAUGAGUGAUUUUAUGAAUUGUAUAUUAAUAAUUUUAGACAAUAUCACUCAUGAAAGCAAUAUAUUAAAUGAUGUAACAUUCCUGGAAAAGUCUGAAAGAGUGUAAUUUUGUAGGAUCCAAUACUUCAUUAGUAAUUUUUAAGUUCACAAAUAUCAGAAAUCAAGCUUAUGUAGUCUUAUAAAUGUAAAGUACCGUACUUAUUUUUAAAAUUUUAAAUCAAAAUUUAAAUUUUUAUAAAAAAAAAAGAGUAUACAAUGUGCGAGAUUUAAAAGCUUUAACCAUUGAAGAGAUGUAUUACAGGAAGUAUUAUACGUGGUACAGAAGACUAAGCAUUAAAGUGCUCAAUUUUAUAUAUUUUAUAAUGAACUUUCAUAUGAAUUUACCAAACUUUUGUAAAAAUGUACGCAUGUGUAUGUCAUUUGUGUGAAUUAUAAAUUGUCAUGUGCCUAAAGAGCAUAUAAUUGCUCAAUGAUAUUCAACCAUAUUACUAUAAGCUA